AGGGGAUCUAGCUGUGUUACUCGAGAAUAAGGCUCCUGUUACUGUGAAGAUCAGGUACAAUACACGUCACUGCGUUUGUCAGUAAAGGAGAAACAUUAUAAGAAUAUCUGACAAAUUCAGUUCUGCUGAACAAGACAAUGUCUGAAAAGACUGAGACCCAAACCUCAGACUAUCCUGAUGCACAUGGAGGGCGUCUAGAGGAAAACCCGGGCACUGGGCUAUUAAAUGUGAAGGAAGAGGAUGAGACAGAUGACAUGAAUAGUCAUCAGACUGAAAUACAUUGCUCCCUCCCUGCCGAUGAAGAUAACACUGAUAUAGUGAAAGUUGAGAUAGCAGAAGAUCUGUGUGUGAGGCAUCAGCUGGAAACACCAGAUGAGGAAACCAGUGACGGCAUCAACCCAGACCAUAUGGAUGUGAUGCCUUCAGAUGGCUCAGCAGUUGAGUACAGAGGAGAACCGUAUGUGUGUGAUCACGUGAAGACUGAGGAGGAUGAAGUUCCUAUAAAUAUGGCUACAGGGCGUCUAGAGGAAAACCCGGGCACUGGGCUAUUAAAUGUGAAGGAAGAGGAUGAGACAGAUGACAUGAAUAGUCAUCAGACUGAAAUACAUUGCUCCCUCCCUGCCGAUGAAGAUAACGCUGAUAUAGUGAAAGUUGAGAUAACAGAAGAUCUGUGUGUGACGCAUCAGCUGGAAACACCAGAUGAGAAAACCAGUGACAGCAUCAACCCAGGUGAAUUUACAAACUGCAGUAAUCCUAGUCCUAGCCAUGGUGAAAAUACAGAUACUUGUUUCAAUCUUCUUCAAAAUCAAAGAUGCAAUGUGGGAAAUUUAUGUUCUGAAUAUGGGAAAAAAAUGACUAGGAAAUCAAAUCUUUUAGAACAUCAGAAAUUUCAUACAGGAGAGAAAGCAUUUCCAUGUUCUGAAUGUGGGAAAUGUUUUAUGAUAAAAUCACAUCUUAUUAGACACCAGAAAAUUCAUACAGGAGAGAAAGCAUUUUUAUGUUCUGAAUGUGGGAAAUGUUUUACCCUGAAAUCACAUCUUUUUAGCCAUCUGAAAAUUCAUACAGGAGAGAAAGCAUUUUCAUGUUCUGAAUGUGGGAAAUGUUUUGCUCGGACAUCACAUCUUAUUAGACAUCAGAUCGUUCAUACAGGAGAGAAAGCAUUUACAUGUUCUGAAUGUAGGGAAUGUUUUUCUCGGAAAUCACAUCUUAUUACUCACCAGAAGAUUCAUACAGGAGAGGAAGUAUUUUUAUGUUCUGAAUGUCAGAAAUGUUUUGCUCGGAAAUCAACUCUUAUUAGUCAUCAGAUAAUUCAUACAGGAGAGAAAGCAUUUUCUUGUUCUGAAUGUGGGAAAUGUUUUGCUCGGAAAUCACAUCUUAUUAGACAUCAGAAAAUUCAUACAUGAGAGAAAGCAUUUUUAUGUACUGAAUGUUGAAAAUGUUUUUACUGGCAAAGGAAAUUUUGUUUCUCAUCAAAAAAUUCAUACGGGAGGGAAAGGUUUUCCGUGUUCUGAAUGUGGGAAAAGUUUUGCUCAGAAAUAACAUUUUAUUGUGCAUCAGAAAAUUCAUAUGGGAAAGAAAGCAUUCUCAUGUUUUGCACAUGACGAAACUCCUGCGUUAACAUCAAAAGUGCAAGAGGUUUUUUUUUACUAUUGAUUACCAAUUACUAAUUUUUAUUUUAAAAAAAAUUGAAUUCUCUAUUUCUGUUUAUUUUAGAAAGGCUACUUAAUGUAUUUAAAAAUCCAUAAAAGUUUUGAUUUUAUUUAAAAAAACAAAAUCAAUCUUGUUUAUUGAAAUUGUGAUAAAUAAAAAAUAUUUCUUUCAUACAUGUGGUGAGAGUCCACAAUCCAUUUGAUUCUUCAGUGAGAGGGAUUCUCAGACCAAGUUGAGGCCUAUUUCCACAGCGUAAUUAGCGAAAUUUUCACAGUGCUCUGUUUCCAAUUUCUUUUUCACAAGGCAAUGUUAUCAAGUAGCACACAUCUACGCAUUUGAUAAAGGCCUUGCAUGGCUGACACGCGUAGAUGUGUACUACUUGAUAACACUGCCUUGUGAAAAGGAAUUUGGAAACAGAGUGCUCUGAAAAUUUUGCUAGGAAAUGGGAUUUCAAUGUGUAAUUCAAAUCUAACCACAAUUAAAACUGCUCAGAAAAACUACACUGCUAUUGGAAGCUGUAAGCCACAUGAUCGUCACUGAAUAAGAGAGGAGAAAAACCCACGGAUGACAGCAUACUAAAGAGGUACAUCAUCAGGUAGCCAGAUUGCACGGUAAAUGGCUAUUUAAAACCACUAUUGUACCUAGCUCUUGGGAGCCAUCGUCAUCUAUUUGGUUUUUCGAGCUGUUAUCUGGAAAAGUAGCGAUCAUGGUUAAUCAGAACCAACAAGGAAAACUAUCCAGCGUUCCUUUGCCAAAACUUUCCACAUUUCAUCUGCCUUUGCUAUAUUUACCCUAUUCGGUACUUAAAGGGAAAUUUUCCCAUUAGACUUGCCAAUAUAGCUCUACCAGAGUAUCAGCCAGUCAUUAUUAACCAUCACAAGAACAGUAGAAUUUUUAGAAUUGCAUACCACCUGUGUUUUUUUAAUAAGAUGUAUCAAUUGUGUUAAUAAAUUGAAUUCAUUGUAUUUAUUGUAUCAAUUGCUAGUGGUUUAGUUUUAUACAGAUUUCAAACACAUUUUUAAUACGUAUUUUAAAUAUAUAUUGUUCAUAUAUUUCUUGAAUCAAUUCAGUUUAUUCUUUGAUUUAUUUAUGUUUUAUUUUGAUAUAUUUCCUAGAUCCUUCAAUAUUUUGCUUUUGAGCGCAGGGACUUAUUCUUAAGUUAUGUAGUAUGUUAUAUGAUAAAUGUUAAAAAGUUUAACAGAGAUGUUGAUGUUCUAAGUUGUCAGACAUUUCUCCACAUUUAAAAGGGACAUUUAACUCAAAAUAAACUUUUAUUAUUCAGAAA